GCAGCCCAUUAGCCACCGCGAGGCACGCGAGUUGCCAAGGCCAGCACCACGGCACCGCCUACGAGCGCCGGAGCAGCGCUCCCACGGUCCCACCCCUAAACCUUCUGCCACGACCAACGCCGCGGCCGACCGAGCCCGUCGCUGCCUCGCCGCCGGCGGGAGAAGAGAGAUGGGCGUGGGGGGCAGCUUCUGGGACCUCCUGAAGCCCUACGCGCGCCACGAGGGCGCGGGGUACCUCCGCGGCCGCCGCGUCGCCGUCGAUCUCUCCUUCUGGGUCGUCUCCCACAGCACCGCCAUCCUGGCGCGCUCGCCGCGGGCGCGGAAGCCCCACCUCCGCAACACCUUUUUCCGCACCCUCUCCCUCUUCGCCAAGAUGGGUGCUUUCCCGGUGUUCGUGGUGGAUGGCGAGCCGUCGCCGCUCAAGUCGCAGGCGAGGGCUGCGCGCUUCUUCCGAGGCUCUGGGAUGGACCUGGCCGCAUUGCCGAGCACAGGGACGGAGGCGGAGUCCAGUGCGGCCACGGCACCGGUUAAAGGGCGGAAUGCUGCUGUCACGCGAUACGUGGAGGAGUGCGUGGAACUGCUUGAAUAUCUUGGAAUGCCUGUACUGCGGGCAAAUGGUGAAGCUGAAGCCCUUUGCGCUCUGUUGAAUAACGAAGGUCAUGUAGAUGCAUGCAUCACUGCAGACAGUGAUGCUUUCCUCUUUGGUGCUAAGACUGUCAUAAAGGUCCUCCAAUCUAAUUGUAAGGAACCUUUUGAGUGCUACAACAUAGCAGACAUUGAAUCUGGUCUUGGAUUGAAGAGGAAACAAAUGAUAGCCAUGGCCCUUCUUAUUGGCAGUGACCAUGAUUUGCAUGGGGUGCCUGGUUUUGGUGUUGAGACUGCACUUCGGUUUGUGCAGUUAUUUGAUGAAGAUUGCAUUUUAGAAAAGUUAUAUGAAAUUGGUAGAGGGGUUUAUCCAUUCCUUGAAGGAUUUGACAAGCCACAUAUUGAUGAUCUUCCAUCACCGUCCACAAAAAGCCCAAUUGUGAGAUCACCGCACUGCUCACAUUGUGGUCACCCAGGCAGCAAGAAAAAUCAUAGCAAGGUUGGGUGCAAUUAUUGCUUAGUGGAAGCAUUAGAGAAUUGCAUAGAAAAACCAGCUGGGUUCAAAUGUGAAUGUCCUAGUUGUGACGAGGAGCAGAGAAGACAUGAAAAUUGGCAAAUCAAGGUCUGCAAAAGAAUAGCUGCUGAGACAAAUUUUCCGAAUGAGGAGAUCAUUAAAUUGUAUUUAAGUGAUAACAAUUUGGAUAAAGAAAAUGGUGUUCCCUUGCUUAGUUGGAAUAAGCCUGAUGUCGAAGCUUUGAUUGACUUCUUAACUUAUAAGCAGAACUGGGAGCCAUCUUAUAUUCGGCAAAUGAUGCUUCCUAUGUUAUCGACCAUAUAUUUACGUGAGGUGGCGUCAUCGCCAUCUAAACCUUUGCUUCUUUAUGACCAAUAUGAGUUCCAUUCAAUUCAACGGAUUAAAAUAAGGCAUGGUUACCCUUAUUACUUGGUCAGAUGGAUGAGAGCUACUCAUGGUAUGAUUUCAAAUGUAUCCACCAAGAAGCCAGAAAUGGAAGGGGAGGUGAGUAGCGAGGUAGUGGUGUUGGACGAUGAUGACGACGAGGAUGCUACAGUAGUUAAUGAAUCUCCUGAGUUGUUAGACGAGCCAGAUGCUCCACAAGUGCUAACUGAUAAUAACUGCUCCUUUUUAUUGACUGAUGAAGACAUUCAACUUGUCAGUGCUGCAUUUCCUAGGGAAACAGCAAGAUUUCAGGAAGAACAGAGGCUGAAAGAAGCAGAAUCAAGAGCACGAAAAUCCAAAUUGAACUUAGCAAAUAGCGUGUGCGAAACACCUAAAGGCCCAAGACCUAGCGGAGCUCAGCUUAGCAUCAAGGACUUCUACCGCUCGAAGAAAGGCCUGAACAUCGAAUCUGGGAAGGAGACGGUUGGAGAAGGCCACACAUCGAAGGAAGCCUCACGAAAAUCCUCAGAUAGAGACCUCAACGAGAAGCUGCCCAAGUCUGUUCGACGCCGCCUCCUUUUCGACUGACAGAAAGCCGGCCUGUGGUCAGCCUCGCAAUAUUUCUGCCACUGUUGUACAUGAUAUAGUGAAUGUCUUAAUCUUUUGGCCGGCGUAAAUUAUGUGGCCAUUUUUGUACAGAGAACAACAUCAUGUUUUUUAUCUGAGGAAAUGAAACAGAUGUUUUUCAAAUUGA